AUGAUGGAGAGCACGGGAGGGCCGUAUCUGAACACGGCCGCCGUGACCUCCCCGGUGGGAAUAGCCCGGCUGCUGCAGAUGACCUUCGGCUGCGCCACCUUCAGCCUGGUCGCCCACCAAGGGGGGUUCAGUGCCGCCUACGGCACCUUCUGCAUGUUCGUCUGGACCUUCUGCUUCGCCGUCACCGUGUUCAUCAUCGCCUGCGAGUUCACACGCCUGCACAGCUGCCUGAGCCUCUCCUGGGGAAACUUCACGGCGGCUUUUGCUAUGCUGGCCACGCUCAUGUCGGUGACAGCGGCGGUGAUCUACCCGCUCUACUUCGUGCAGGUGGGCUGUUACCCCAUCGGCUGCCAGGUCCGGGAUUUCCGCAUCGCCGCCAGCGUCUUUGCGGGCCUGCUGUUCGUCACCUACGCCUCUGAGGUGUUCCUAACCAGGGCCAAGCCGGGACAGGUCACCAGCUACAUGGCCACCGUCUCUGGCCUCUUGAAAAUCGUCCAGGCCUUCGUGGCCUGCAUCAUCUUUGGGGCGCUGGUGAACGACAGCCAGUACAGUAAAUACGUGGCGACGCAGUGGUGUGUGGCUGUCUACAGCUUUUGCUUUGUGGUGACGGUGGUGGUGGUGGCCUUCAGUGUCACAGGUAAGACUGCCUUGCUGUGGUUCCCUUUUGAGCGUUCUGUGGUCAUCUACACCUUUGGGGCAGUGCUGCUCUAUGCGAGUGCUGCGGUCAUCUGGCCAGUGUUCUGCUUUGACAGCAAGUACGGCUCCCCACGACGGCCCGGCCUCUGUGCCAAGGGCAAGUGCCCCUGGGACAGCCAGCUGGUGAUUGCCAUCUUCACCUAUGUCAACCUGCUGCUCUAUGUCCUGGACCUGGCGUACUCCCAGCGCAUCCGCUUUGUCUCACACAUCUGAACCGUGGCUCGGCCUCCGUGGAGGCCCCUCCGUGUGCCAACCCCUGCAGGUGCAGAGGGACAGGGCAGAGAGGCGCUGGGCAGGCAUGCACACACCACCAUCGGCCAAACUUCAAGUGAGGACUGACUACACGAAGGAAUGAAUGACCUGGAGCAGGUGGGCUGCAGCUGGCACCGCGCAGCCCAACUCCCCCAUGGUUCUGCCUCACCUGCCCAGGCCAGCACCAAGGAAUGGCACAGCUCCACGGGCAUCUGCAGACAGCAGGAGUGCUUGUAGCCACAGCAGUGGGGCUGGAGGCUAUCGGGUUACUGAGCCAAACGUUAGGAAAGACAUACAGGAUUUUGAAACUGUUAACCAGCGCCUAACAGUAACCAAGUGACUGCUUGGGAAGUGGAAAAGUUAAAAGCUGCAUGAAGGAACACCAGUUCAGUAGGUGAAAGUCAAUCCCUCGGAGUUUGGGUUAGUUUGGACUGUGUUGGGAGAUGUGGAAUGCCUGCAAGUGUGGGCAGUUCCAGCCUGGGUGUUUCUGAGAAGAACAUCAUAGCCAAAACAGUAUUUUGAAGGUUGCCAGUCAUUUCCUUUCCUCUGCUUUGCUGUCUAGCACAGAAAAGGAAUAUCCUCAAGUGCACACCUUGGAGGAGGCCUAUUUAAUGUAAUACUCCUAUUUAGCAAACACUGAGUCACUACAGAAAUGAAAAUUUGUAAGGUCAGGGCUCUACUGCUGAGGAUCAGGGUGCAGAGCAGAGCCAUCCUGCAAAGUGGCCGAGUGUGAACUGUCAUCCUCAUCCUCGCUUGAGCAGCGCAGAAAAUACCUUGGCACAUGCUCUUGUCUUGAUCCAUGGGCCACCAUUUCUUUACCCUGGGGUCAAGGGGUUUUUCUGGAGGCUUGAAGAUAAAUUCUGGGGCAUGGCAAAGGGGAGACAGGGAGUGUUGAUCUCAUGGUGCUGCAGAAGGGACCCAGUUGGGUGGGAGGGGGCACGGGCAGGACGGGACAGGGCAGAACUUGC